GCUCUUAACUAGGUCGGCCCGGAAAGUGCUUAGCAAGCUACUAGCUGCCAGGACUGAGCUAAGCUCAGAUCGGCGGCGGAGAGCUAGGGUUCAGGCGAGAUUAACUAAUGGCCUCAGUCGCAGCUCGGCGGAGGCAGGAGCUGGCGGCGGAGGGCCAGCGGCACCUCGAGGAGACGAUCGCCUCCGCUUUCCAGAUCCUUUCCUCCAUGAACGACGAGCUCUGCAACCCCGCGCUCUGGUCCUCCUCCGCCACAGCCACCGCCGCUUCCGCCGCCUCCCAGCAUCCCCACCACCAAAACGCAGCUCCCCCGCCACCCCACUCCGCCGACUCCGACGCCGAUACCAUGGGGGGAGCCGCGGGGGGCUCUGGUGGUUCGCUCGACGAGGCGAGGCACCGGUACAAGAUCGCCGUGGCGGCUUUGCGCGCGUCCAUUGCCGCGGUGUCGCCCUCUACUCAGGAGAUGGGGCCAACAGAAUCCAAAGGUGAUCAAGCCGAGAUUGAGAGAUUGGAAGAGCAUGCAUCUUCUUUGAGAAAGGAAAUUGAAAGCAAAAACAAACAGCUGAAACUCCUCAUCGAUCAACUCCGUGAUCUAAUAUCAGAUAUAUCAAUGUGGCAAAGCCCUUGCUCAGUGUGAGUUGUUGCUGCUAAUCAAUUCUUACAAGUCCCAAGGGAUCUGACUGUUUGAUGGGUGCCAAGGCCAAACUGCAUACGGUGCUCUCUUUAAUUGGAAAGUGAAUGGGAUAUGACCAAAGUAGAUGCGAUAUGACCAGAUCACUGUUACAAAAUUGUGAAAUCGUGCUGUAUUGCCCUUAAGGAUUUGAGAAAUGUAACGAGUGGCGUUAAAUGCAGAUUUGCUAGUAACCGAAACACGUGUAAGGUGCAUAUUGGACCCAACAUGGCUAUGGCCAUAACAGGGGAUAUUCUUCUAUUUUCUCUGAGGAUUCGACGUUGGCUCCAAUGCUUGUGUAAUGCUCCCUUCCUUUUCUUUUGUGAUCACUGUUUAUGUGGACUUGUGUUCUGUGUGGAGCAUAUUCUUUUCUUUUAAGUGAAAGUGCUGAAAGACCGUGA